AAUAUGAAAGAGCACAUCAAGUGUCAAGAGAAAGUGAAAAAUUGCCCAAUGUGAAAGAGAAUAUUGGCAAUCAAGACAGGAUGAAUUACCUGGAAGGGAAGCCAAGUAAUAAAGAGAGGAAUAUAUGUGUGGAUUCUGACAUUCGUGCAAUGAUGGUACAACAGAAAACACCAAAAGAACCGAAAGAGAAGAAAUCCUCCAUGUCUGGAAAAACAGUCUGUCAGGAAUCAAUUCUGGGUGACCAUGGCACAACCCAUGCAGCAAAGAAGCAACAUAAAUGCUGGGAGUGUGGAAAGACAUUCACGCGCAGUACGUACCUUCGCGCCCAUCAAAGAACGCACACAGGGGAGAAGCCAUUUGGCUGUCUGGAUUGUGGGAAAGCAUUUAGUCAGAAGUCGGCACUUACUAUGCAUCAAAGAAUACACACUGGGGAAAAACCAUUUGAAUGCCUAGAGUGUGGAAAAAGAUUCCACGGAAAGGCUACUCUUCAAGAGCAUGAAAGAAGGCACACCGGGGAGAAGCCAUUUAAAUGCCUAGAAUGUGGAAAGGCAUUCUACCGCAGUAGUUACCUUCGAGUGCAUCGGAGAACUCACAUUGUGGAGAAGCCAUUUAAAUGCCUGGAGUGCGGAAAGAGCUUCAGCUCAAAAAAUGGAUUUUUUUUACACCAAAGACUGCACACCGGGGAGAAACCAUUUGAAUGUUUGCAGUGUGGAAAGAGUUUCAGAUGGAAGAAGACACUUGCAACACAUCAGCAAAUUCACACAGACCCAGGAGAGAAACCAUUUGAAUGUUUGCAGUGUGGAAAGAGAUUCUUUUCAAGGCCUAGCCUUAAACGUCAUCAGAUAAUUCACAGAGCAGACAACCCAUUUAAAUGUCUGGAGUGCAGCAAGAGUUUCAGCAACAACCAUGACUUUGCUAGACAUAGUAGAAUUCACACAGGAGAGAAACCAUUUAUCUGCCUGACAUGUGGAAAAGCAUUUAAGCAGAAGGAGGGACUUACUGGCCAUCAAAGAACACACUCUGGGGAGAAACCGUUUAAAUGCUUGGAGUGUGGAAAGGGAUUCUACUUCCGUAGUGUACUUCAAGGGCAUCAAAGAAGGCACAUUGAGGAGUCCCCAUAUAAAUGCCAAGAGUGCGGAAAGAGUUUCAGCUCGAAGAGCAGCCUUACUUUACAUCAAAGAGUGCACACAGGGGAGAAACCAUUUGAAUGUUCGCAGUGUGGAAAGAGCUUCAGAUGGAAGGAGACCCUUGCAAAACAUCAGGAAAUUCACACAGACCCAGGAGAGAAACCAUUUGAAUGUUCACAGUGUGGAAAGAGAUUCUUUUCCAAGCGCAGGCUUACACGUCAUCAGUUAAUUCACAGAGAACACAAGGCAUUUCAAUGUCUGGAGUGCGGAAAGCGUUUCAGAAAUAAGCAUAUUGUUACUGAACAUCAAAGAAUUCACACAGGAGAGAAGCCAUUUAUCUGUCUGGUGUGUGGAAAAGCAUUUCGUCAGAAAGUGGCACUUACGGUCCAUCAAAGAAUCCACUCUGGUGAAAAACCAUUUAAAUGUUUGCAGUGUGGAAAGAACUUCAGGCAGAAGGGGGCCCUUGCAGAUCAUCAGCGAAUUCACACUGGCAUAGUAGAGAAACCGUUUGAAUGUUCGCAGUGUAAAAAGAGAUAUUUUUCUAGGCAGAGCCUUUCACGUCAUCAGCUUAUUCACAGUGGAGACAAGCCCUUUAAAUGUCUGGAGUGCAGAAAGGGUUUCACAGUUAAGCAUGACCUUACUAAACAUCAAAGAAUUCACACAGGAGAGAAACCAUUUACCUGUCCGGAGUGUGGAAAAGCAUUUCAUCAGAAGGGGGCACUUACUGUCCAUCAAAGAAUCCACUCUGGGGAGAAACCCUAUGAGUGCUCUGAGUGUGGAAAGAGAUUCUGCCAGAAGGGUGCCCUUCAAGUGCAUGAAAGAACACACACCAGGGAAGAGCCAUUUAAAUGUUUGGAGUGUGGGAAAACCUUCCGUUGUAGUAGUAGCCUUCAAGAACAUCAAAUAAGUCACACAGGGGAGUCGCCCCAUAAAUGCCAAGAGUGUGGUAAGAACUUCAGCUCAAAGUACAGCCUUAGUUUACAUCAAAGAUUGCACACAGGAGAGAAACCAUUUGAAUGUUCACAGUGUGGAAAGAGCUUCAGCAGGAAGGAGAGCCUUGUAAUACAUCAGCGAAUUCACACAGCCGAGAAACCAUUUCAAUGCCUGGAGUUUGGAAAGAGUUUUAGUGAUAAGCAUUGUUUUGCUAGACAUCAAGGAAUUCACACAGGAGAGAAACCUUUUCAAUGCUUGCAGUGUGGAAAGAGCUUUAGUGAGAGGGGAAACCUUAGAAAUCAUCAGACAACUUGCAAAGGGGGGAUCCCUUUUAAUUGCUUGGGGCUUGCAAAGAGAUUUCACAAGGGGGGUCCUCUGCAAUACCAUCAAAGUGCUCCCACUGAGUUUUCUUUGAAGGAGGAAGAAGAGUCUGAUACUCCUGAUCAUCCCUCUGUUACCGUAAUUCUGGGGCAAGAUGAGGGAUCCGGUGACAGUGAUGCCUCGUCUGAGGUUCCCAACAAAUCGUUCAAUCCUGUCACAAGCCCAGCCAUAAUUCCAGUUUCUUCUCCCACCAGCCACAGCUCAACGGAGCACAGUUUGCAGUGUGUCCGGUGGGAUACUCAGAGCCAUGGUGGGAGGGACUACCUGACUCCCAGAGUACCCUUUCUCCCAGGAAAUACACUUGUUCAAGGCCCUGCUGAGGAACACGGCUCUGAGGCAGACUCCGAUGUAGCUGUGGAACCCGGGUCAGCCAGAGUAAAUGCUCCCAGACUUUUGCUUGGUGAAGAGCUCCAGUAGAGUAUUUGACUCCAUUUAUGGGCUCAAGAUUGGAGAAAUUUAAGCAUCUGGGGUAUAAACAGAGCCUGAGGCUGAGCACACGUCUUACUUUACAUCAAAGAAGCCUCUCAGUACAAAUGAUUUGAAUGCACAUGAGUGAUUAUGUUAAUCAUUCCCUGUGCCCAUAUACUGCUGUCUUUUGAGGACGUAUGUCAACCAAUGUGUAAAUGAUAUAAUGGUUUGGAUCUUAAUGGGGACUUGGAUGACUGGCCCAUUCCAGAAACUAGCGCUUUCCCUCCAGAAGUGCUGCACUGCAGUCAUGUGUGGACUGGUGCCAGUGGGGCUGAACAUGCGUGCAAGGCCCCAAUCGGAUCUAGCCCUUGAUCUCCCAACUGUGUCUUGUGAAGGACAGCCCAAGAUGGCUGCGGUCUUGCUCUGUUCAGUGAAGUCUUGUCUGCAUUACUGUGUUCAAACUGCCUAACUUGGCCCAGGCCUCUGAGCCUGAGUGAGUGAGUUGGGGAGCACUCUCAAGGCUACAUAUGUGUUAAGUGGAAGAUCUGAUCCGACCGGAGAAAUGCUGCUCGGGGUUUAGUUAGGUUUUUUUUUAUGUUUUAAGUGUCUGGAUACUCUGGGGAAGGCCGGCUGCCAUUGCGGCAGGGAUUAGGACGGGGUUAAUAGUUUUAUGGUGUAAUUGCUUGCUGCUAAUCUUCCCUUUGUACUUUACCUCAUCUUCCCCCUUUUCCUACCCUUUCCCCUCACUCCC